CUUUUCUUGAACUUGUAUCUACAUGUAUGGGUGCCCAUCUUUACGUUGCACUUCUUUUUUUUUUUCUGAUUUUGGUGUUCGGUUAAUUUGCUUCUCGGUUUGAGCGUUCUAACCACAAACAGGUUCAGAAGAUGGAGGAAGGGGGAGAGGACGACAACGGCAACAACGACGACGACGACGACGAGGAGGAGGAAGCAGAGGAGGAAGGAAGGACAACGUUUGCAUUUUUGGGGGUUGUUUUUAAGCGUUUCACACUGUCUUGUAUGGAUACCCCGUCAGUCGAGCUACAGCUCCUGACAUGUAUGUUUUCGGAUUUGUUUUUGGACUUGUUUUGGGAUUUGUCUUGGGGAUUGGACACUCGGCAUUAGCAUUGGGCAUCAAGCACGGCGCAUGAGAUUUGAAAGACUUC